GCGUUUGUUUGUGUUUAUAAAUAAAUGUGUCAAUUAAACAUAACCUAAAAAUACUGAAACCUAAAAUGGUCGAAGUGGACGUUUUUAUUAGUAAUUACACCUUAGUGGACCCCGAGAUCUACGAACUGUGGAUAAAAGGCUACACAGCGACCGAAGCAGUUUCAUAUUUAUACAAAAACACCAAGGGCCAAAUGAUCGGCGUGUCGAAAGAGUUGAUUGCUAGCGAUGUUCUGGAUCAUUUCAGGACAUAUUCACUGCUGGAAAAGCUCCUGAGUAAUCCGAACAAGUUGCAAGAACAGUUGUCUUUUCAAAUCGAGCCACAAACCAGACAACUGUUGAUUGAAAAGUAUUACGAUUUCGACGACAAUGUUAUUAAGGAAUUGUUGGGUAAGAAACUUUCAUCAAAGCACAGAAAAGACUUGGAUGAGGUCGCGGAAAAAACUAAUGUUCCGCUAAAAUCAUGUCGUCGCCAGUUCGAUAAUGUGAAAAGAGUCUUUAAAACGGUAGAGGAAAUGCCUGGUUCUUUGGUUCAGAACAUCAUAAAUCAUUUUUACUUGCCAGAAACGUUGGCGAAAAAAUAUGCAGCCAUCGUAUUCUUCUCUUGCAUCCGAUUCGAAACGUCGAAAAAGAAAUUACAUCACAUGACUUUCGAGAGCUGGCGAAAAUGUACGGAAUCUAUAAUGGACAAUUGGACAUAUCAAAUUGUCGGGCCGGAAUAUUACGACACUGAAAUGGACAAGGAAUAUUUGUUGGAGUUGAGGGAGUUAAAGUAUUUAAUGGACAGGGAAAAGGAACAUAAACAAACAAUUUUGGUGCUGUUGAAGCCAAAACUUCUGCAAAAAGUUUACGCGGACUUGGAUGCGAAUUUUAGAGCGUACUCGAGACCUAUUUUAUUACUGGCGACAACUUUACACAGAUCGAGGGAUAUGAAAAAUUUGUUUGUCGAAUUGGUACAAAUCGUCGACAUAUUUAAACAAGCAAAUUGGACUUUGCAGGAUUUGGAUGAGUUUUUGCAAGCAUUUUGUUCAGCAGGACUGGAAAUCGACCCGAUACGGAAUGACUCAGGUUUGAAAUCGACUUUGGAAAAGUAUAUGAACGUUAUUAAAACUUGUUUACACGUUAUGUACGUUUAAAAGUGCAAUAAAUAUAUUUAUUUAUCGUACAAAUAAAGUAAA